AUGCUUAAGCCCACACCUGGAUCAGCGUCUUUGAUCAAGACGACAAAAGAACUCAACCUUAACCAGUUAAUAAAAUCACCAACAAGAAUUACUGAAUCCAGUCAGACCCUCGUCGACGUUAUUUUCGUAUCCUCGCCAAGACUAGUAGUCAACAGCGGCGUCAUAGAAACCUGUAUCAGCGAUCAUUUCCCUGUGUAUGUAUCACUAAAACUUAAAACCGACAAAUCUCCACCAAACUAUAUCACUACCCGCAGCUACAAUAAAUACGACCCUGAUUUGUUCGCGAUCGAUCUGGCAUCCAACCGUGAUCGUCUUGUUUCCAUUUUCAGAAUGGACAAUGUUGAUGAAAAACUAACCAUUUUUAAUGAAAUAUUUUUAAAUACAUUGGAUAAACACGCCCCAGUAAAGACCAUAAAAGUACGCGGAAAAUCUUGCCCAUUUAUCACCUCGGAAAUAAAAGCAUCCAUGAUCAAAAGAGACCAGCUCCACAGUCUUUUCAGGAAAACACGUGAUCAUUAUGAUUGGCUUAAUUUCAGAGAGGCCCGCAAUUUUACAAAAACCGCACUUGUUAAUGCACAGAAAGCCUCAACACUAAUACAAGAUCCUAGUGUUUAUCCAGCUCGGAAUCUUUCUGACGUAAAUCGCACAGAUAACAGCUACCCUGAAGAAAAUGAUAGAUUUAGUUUCACCCCAGUCUCUUGUUCAGAAAUAAGGAACAUCAUAUUAGCUAUGCCGUCAAACAAAUCACCCGGCAAAGACAAAGUGAGUAUGCGUGUCAUCAAACACAGCCUACCGGUAAUUCUUGGGCCCCUCACCGAUAUCAUUAACUGUUCACUGUCGUCAUCUUCGUUCCCUAUAGCAUGGAAAGAGGCAGAAGUUAUCCCUUUGUUAAAGGAUGGAAACCACGAGGAAGCAUCAAAUAACCGCCCACUUUCUCUCCUUACCUUUCUUUCGAAAAUUUGUGAAAAAGUCGCCUUGAAUCAAUUUGGUUCGUAUCUAAUGAAGAACAAAAAAUUGUCAACCCACCAGAGCGGGAACAAGAAACAUCACUCAUGCGAAACAUUGAAUCUUUUGACCGGAGAUACUAUCCUAAAGGCCAUGGAUGGGAAAUUGGUUACUGCACUGAUUCUAAUAGAUCUAUCUAAAGCUUUCGACAGUGUAAAUCAUACUUUUCUCCUUACAAAACUUAGCAACGUCGGGGCUUCUCCAAGCGUUGUAAAAUGGUUUGAGAGUUACUUGACCGGAAGAACUCAAUCAGUCAGAAUUGGAUCAACUGUGUCUACUCCUCUCCCUGUUUCUUAUGGUGUACCACAGGGUGCAAUUUUAUCACCUUUACUUUUUAGCAUUUAUACUAACGAUUUGCCCUCAUCAGUCCACCAUAGUAAACUUGAAUCGUACGUGGACGACUCCAAGAUAUUACUAUCUUUCACUGUGGCUAACGUGGACUGUUUAAAGCAACAACUUGAGGAAGACUUGUAUUUGAUCGCAAACAGUUGUUCCGAAAAUGAAUUGCUUAUUAACCCGGGAAAGACCAAAUACAUGCUGAUUGGCACACGGCAAAACCUACAACAAUUUCCCGUAGAUAUGACCAUAAACUUCCUCAACGAGACUAUUACCCCCGUCUCCUUUGCCAAAGAUCUAGGAAUGACAAUCGACGAUUGA